AUGCCCUCAUACCCGAUACAAGCGUCACAGUGCAUUCCAUCACAAGGAGCAAACAAGGCAUUAAAAAGUUUUAAGGAUACGUCCUCCUGCCUACGACUAAAUGCCAUUCUUCACCAUCAGUCCUCUAAUGAUACAAAUUCUGACACCAAUCUAGGUGUUGGAGGUGGCGUUGCUGGUAGCGGUGAAGCAGACGCCUCUGAAUCAAUUUCCGCUGACUUGCGUCCAGCACUGAGUGAUCAUAGACUAACUGGAGGUCUCCAGCAGGCUGGUGUUCGUUGGCACAGCUACAGCGGUGCACUUCCAGGUAGUCUUUUUGAUGAUGAUGUGAAGAGAUCAUCCUCUGGAUUUUCGAAGGCAAGUGGUUCGAGGGAAACGUCACGAGAAGAAGCAGUGGGCUUGUUGACUGGCACGGACAAACCAAGAAAAUAUAUAUUUAUUCUUGCUCCAGAUGGAAAUUGUAUGUUUUACUGGUUGUGGAUUGUUUGUAUAGCUUGUCUCUAUAAUUUGUGGGUAAUCCCCUAUCGUUUUGCAUUUGCCGAAAUAACAAAUGCCACCAUGUCCCUGUGGUUUACUCUGGAUUACAUUGCUGACACCGUCUAUCUCUUAGAUUUACUAAUAGGUUUCCGAAUGGCAUACCUCGACAGUGGGAUUCUGAAGAAAGACCCCAUUCUAUCCAGGCAGCACUACCUUAAUUCGACAUGUUUUUACCUCAAUUGUCUAUGCAUUUUGCCCUUGGAUCUACUGUAUUUAUCAGUAGGCUUUAAAUCACUAUUAAGAAUUCUUCGUUUUGUGAAGAUUUUCAAACUCAUAGACUUUAGUGACAUGGCACAACGGCGCAGCGUACAUCCAAAUAUUAUUCGGGCAAUAGGCUGGAUUAUAAUAUCUGUCACUAUUCUUCACUGGAAUGCAUGCUUUUACAAUUAUAUUACCAAGACUUUUGGAUCACAACAUAGUCCUUCUGAAAGUAGUUCCUUUGAGGACUAUCUUCAUUCUUUCUACGAAAGCUUGCUAUGCUUGACUCUUCGAAAAGAACUUCAACCCAAUAAUAUGUCCCAAGUCCAGCGAUAUUACGCUCUGCUUAUAUUUGAAGGACUUAUCGGCAUCACUCUGAUCACAAUCCUAAUUGCAAAUGUUAAUAUGCUCAUUUCCAAUGCGAAUGUGAAUGAAAACGAUUUUAGACUUCGAAUGUACUUGGUAAAGCGAAAGGCUCCUGAAACAUUAAAACGUCGCGUUGUCUGUUGGUUUGACUAUCUAUGGCGUCAAAGUCAUAUUCCUGAUGAGCAAAGGGUCCUUAAGCACCUUCCAGAUCGCCUGAAAGCCGAAGUUGCUAUUCAUGUGCAUCUGGAUACGCUCAAACGCGUAGACAUGUUCCAGGACACCGAAGAGGGCUUUCUUCUCGAUUUGGUACUACGACUUCGGCCAGCUCUCUUCUCCCCUGGUGACUUUAUAUGUCGAAAAGGAGAAAUCGGAAAGGAAAUGUUUCUUGUAAGUCAGGGGAAGUUAAACGUAUUGGCAGCCGAUGAAAAGACAAUUCUAGCCACUUUGGGACCAGGAAGUUAUUUCGGUGAAAUUUCCAUUCUCAACAUGGGUAACGUGGGUAAUCGACGUACGGCGUCGGUACGAUCUAUCGGCUUCUCUGAUCUCUUCUGUCUCUCGAAGGAAGACCUCUGGGAUGUGCUCAAUGACUAUCCUUCUGCUAAACAGAAGCUGGAGAAGGUCGCCUUUGACCGACUCAGUGUGUGCCGUAGCCCUGAUCAGUCCAGUGAAAAUUUUGGUAAGUUCUUUAUCCUGUCUAUUGUUUGUCAAGGCAUUUCAACUUUGCAUUAA